AGAAAAUAAACUUAACUCUGUCUCUGUCAGUGUGAGCGGUAGAAUGGCUGAAGGUGGCUUUUCACUGGAUCAGGACCAGUUCUGCUGUGCGAUCUGUCUGGAUCUACUGAAGGAUCCAGUCACUAAUCUCUGUGGACACAGUUAUUGUAUUAGCUGUAUUAAGGGCUAUUGGAAUCGGUAUGAUCAUACUGGUGUCUACAGCUGUCCCCAGUGCAGAAAGACUUUCACCCCAAGACCUGUUCUGGGCAAAAAUACCAUACUAGCUAAAGUGGUGGAGAAACUGAAGAAGACAGGACUUGAAGCUGCUCCUCCUGCUCAGUGUUACGCUGGACCUGGUGAUGUGGCGUGUGAUUCCUGCACUGGGAGAAAGCGCAAAUCCAUCAAGUCCUGUCUGGUGUGCCUGGCCUCUUACUGUGAAACUCACCUCCAGCCACACUAUGAAUCUUCUGCCUUUAAGAAGCACAAACUGGUCAAAGCCACUGGAAACCUGCAGGAGAAGAUCUGCUCUCAUCAUGACAAAUUGCUGGAGAUUUACUGUCGUACCGAUCAGCAGUGUAUCUGUCUGCUGUGUACAAUGGAUGAACACAGAGGCCAUGAUACAAUCUCAGCUGCAGCAGAAAGGACUGAGAAACAGAAACAGCUGGGUGUGACACAGAGUAAAUUUCAGCAGAAAAUCCAGGAGAAAGAAAAGGAGUUUUGUGAUCUGAGACAGGCUGUGCAGUCACUCAAGUGCUCUGCACAGGCUGCAGUGGACGACAAUGAGAGGAUCUUUACUGAGCUGAUCCGCUCCAUUGAGAGAAGGCGCUCUGAGGUGAAAGAGCUGAUCAGAGAUCAGGAGAAGGCUGAAGUGAGUCGGGCUGAAGGACUCCUGAAGCAACUGCAGCAGGAGAUUGCUGAGCUGAAGAGGAGAGAUGCUGAGCUGGAGCAGCUUUCACACACAGAGGACCACAUCCAUUUCCUCCAGUCUCUGUAUGCCCCUCCAAGAACUGCAGACUUAUCCAGCAUCACGAUAAAUCAACAUGUCUCCUUUGAAGCUGCAAAGAAGUGUCUUUCUGAACUGAAAGAACGACUGGAGGACAUCUGUAAGGGAGAAUUGCUUAAGAUCACCGAAUCAGUGAAAGAGGUUGGUAUUCAGCAAAUUCCACAGCCCAGAGAUAGAAAGGAGUUCUUGCAAUAUUACUGUCAUCUCACACUGGACCCCGACACAGCCUACACAAAGCUAUCUCUGUCUGAGGGGAACAGAGCGGUGACCCGCGUCAGUGUGAGCCAGUCAUAUCCCGAUCACCCAGCCAGGUUUGACUACUGGGAGCAGGUGCUGUGCAGAGAGGGUCUGUCUGGACGCCAUUAUUGGGAGGUUGAGAGGAGUGGGACAGGGGAUGUCUACAUAGCAGUGUCUUAUGAAGGGAUAAUGAGAAAAGGGUGGGGUCGCAAUGCUAUCUUUGGGUACAAUGACAAGUCCUGGAGCCUGUGGUGCUCUCCUACCAAAUGUUAUUUCUAUCACAACAAAAAAAGCACAACCCUCCCUAUCCCUAUGUCCUCCAGAAUAGGAGUGUACCUGGAUCACAGGGCAGGAACUCUGUCCUUCUACAGCAUCUCUGACACAAUGACCCUCCUGCACAGAGCCGAGGGCAAAUUCACUCAGCCCCUCUAUCCUGGGUUCUAUGCCAACACAGCAGAGUCUACAAUUAAACUGUGCUCAGUUGAGUUAGUUCAACCUACUUUAGUUUGAGUGGAAGGUGAAUUAGACAGCUGCUUUAUCUCUGCACACUACAAUCUCUAUAGCAGACACGCAAGAACACUUGCCCUGAGUAAGAAUAAUUGGUCACACUUUACAAUUAGAGUACAUGACAUUAAAGGAAUACACCAACAUUUUUUUUUUCCAACUUACCCAGACAUAGAGAAGAUGUUUGAUUUCAUUUUCAUUUUUGUGCAUGUGCUGGCUUGGUUUCCAUGUUAGCAUAAUGUGUUAGUUUAGUGUAAAGACUUGAAGCCCUAAUCAUAUUUAUGUGCAUUACUCACUUAAUUGUUCUCUGCUAAUGUAGCUUGAGUAUAACUUUGAUUUACAUAUCAUUUAGAAAAUGUACACGUGACAAAAGUAGCACAGUACUGACGGUCAUGACUGUAACCGGCCCAAGAGCCUCCCAAAGGGGGAGAUAUAAAUGUUUGGUGUAGAAAAAGUGAUGGAAUCCUCUUCACUUUUAGAGAAAUCAAAUGAACACUGAGCUCUAAUUAUAUUAUCCUAUCAUAGUUCAAGUAUUUUAUUUUCUCCUUAUAUUUACUGAGUGGUAACAUAUCAUAUUAUUUCAGGGAUACAGGGUAAUGUUUUCAGAUUUGUAAUCAACAGACAUUUCUCAUCAAUUGUAACAAUCUUUUAUUUUUACUUUACAUGUUGAAAACACUGCGUUUUAUGCUUGAGAAACAUACUUUUUAUUGAAAUUAACUGGGA